CAGAAAAGUUUCUCCAGAAAGUCUCGAACAAAUUUCUGGGAUCGAAGAACACCAGAACCAGUUGAAGGUAGGCAACACAUGGAAAUGCAAACGGAGUUGUACUUGGAAGAAUUUGGAGACAUGAUCGAAGAAGUAAACCAAGGCUGCCAAACAGAUCCGUUCAUCAACAAGCCUCCAACUCCAAUGUUCGUUCCCGCAAAGAUUGGAAUCGAUGCCUCUACACAAAUCUUUGAUGGAGAUCUGUUCGAUUUCGAUGUUGAAGUCCGACCAAUGGUAGAAGUGUUGAUUGGGAAAGUGUUGGAGCAAUCAUUGAUGGAGGUGAUGGAGGAAGAAGAGCUGGCAUCAUUGAGAGAGAGGCAAAGGAUGUUUGAGGAGAUGAGGAAUGCUGAGCUUCAGGAACAGCAGAGACUUGAGGAGGAAGAUAGGCGUAGAAAAGAUGAAAAGUUGAAAAGAAUGAAACACCAGCAAGAGUUGAUUAGGAAAGAAAAGGAAACAGCAGAGAAGAUAGCAGCCAAAGCAUUUGCCCAGAGUUUCCUGUCUGACCUCGUUCCAUCUGUGGUGGCCUCCCUCUCCGAGAAUGGGUACUUUCAUGAUCCUAUUGAAGCUGAACUUGAAAAGAACUUCAUGGAAGAUUUGAUGAGAGGAGUUUGCAAGAGGCUGAGGUAUGAGGUCAUCAGCAGGAAACUCAUCGACAGAAUCAUAAAAAAAAUCGUGCGGCAACGUGAGGAACAAUAUCUGAAGAGCCUCGAAAAAAAGAAACAAGACAGCGAAAAUGAUGACGAGAGGGACGACAACAGCAACGACGACGACGAAUUUGACGUAAAAAGAUCUAGAAAUAAGGCUAACAGCGGACGUGAGCAUGAAAAAGUUGAUGGUCACAUAAAGAAAGGUCAUGCAGUUGGUGGCAGCUACCGUUAUUAA